CACCUCUUCACCGUAGCUGCUUUCACAACCCUCUUGAGAUUAACUAGCACAGCUGAUCUUUUCUCCUCCUGACAAAUACACAUCGCUCUACCCCUCUGACACAGGUUCACAGCACUGUCCAGAUGUAUUCCAUCGGCUGCUCGAGGUUCCUGGCUUUGGUCAUGGUUCCUAUAGCAAUUGUGAGCACUCUGGCCAAUUUGCUGCUGCUCUUCCCCGACCUGGAUUACCGCUACCUGACCGAAGGUCAUGUGACUCGGGAGGCUGUAUGGUGCACAGGGAUAUGGCUUUCUGGCUUUGUAGUGCUUGUGGCUGCUCGUGGAUUUGCGUCAAGCCAUACAAAAGAAGGAUGCUGUCUUUUCAGAACUGAUAUGCUGUGUCGGACUGCGUACUCGUGUGUGGCUGCGUGUGCGGCCGGCUUGUGCUUUGUGAUCAAUGAUAAAGGACUAAAUAAUGGUCCGCUGUGUCUGCACAAUGGAACUGAGGGUCUAGAGUGGGAAAGGCCUCUGAAACGCCAGAAUCUGGAUGAGUUGAGUUACCUGUAUAAGCCUGAACGGUGGGCCUCGGCCUGUGUGGAGCCUCGUGGUGUGGUGAUGUGGAACAUUGUUCUCUUUUCUAUCAUCAUGGCUGCCAGCGGACUUCAGGCUAUCAUCUGUACUGUGCAGAUCCUACACGCUGUGCUUGGUGUGGUUUUUGGACCUGGCUUCUGUAAGAACAAGGUUGCUCCUGCUUGAAGAACCCAAAGGAGUGGUUUGGUUUCCUAAAAGCAGGUGUGGGUGCAUUUUACAUCAUAAUGCCUGUUAUAUUAUAUGCUGCAGUUUCUGUUUGAAUUAUUUUGCAGAACACAGGAUUUGCAAUGUAACACAAAAGCAUUCCUGCUUUCUCACAUACAGUCUUAUGCAAACAUUUGAAUACCCCAGUCAAAUGAUAUUUUGUUGAUUUUCCAAGUGAA